ACUAAUGAGAGAGAAGAAGAGAAAUGCUACAGAGAAUAAGGCAGCAGGGAAAAUUAUCAGGUUAGGUAAAAGAGGACAGGAGGAAAGGGACCUGCUGUGGACAGACCAGCUGUGUCAAUGCAUUGAGAUGAAGCAAGACGAAAGGAGACUGUUUCUGAAUGCGGACAGAGGAUGCUGCUUUGAGAUCAGUUUUCAAGAAAGAGAGGGAAUGUGUUGACGUGUGUAUGUGAAGGUUUAUAGAUCACCAGAGAAACUCAUUGAUUUUCCUGAGAGACUGUCCUGAAAUGUGACGUAGGCAUGUAGCACAGUGGGGAAAUUGUGCUCCAAAAGUAUUUAGUUGUGUUUGACUCCCUGCUAGCAAAUAUGGAUCCACAGCAGCCUGCUUUUAGCCUAAUGAAGCGGUUCUGUCCUUGUCUCAGCCUGCUGCCGCUGCCAAGUCAAGACUGGAGCAAAAGUGAUGAACGGCUGCUGCAGGCUGUGGAGCAGAAUGAGCCUGACAAAGUUUCUGCCCUCAUUGUCAAAAAAGGUCUCUGUCCAACCAAACUGGAUGCUGAGGGCAAGUCAGCAUUCCACCUCUGUGCAACCAGAGGCCGACUAGAUUGCCUGGAGGUAAUCAUAUCUCAUGGAGCAGACGUCAAUGUCACUGACGGGGCUGGUUUCAGCGCACUUCACCUUGCAGCCAAAAGCAGCCAGCCUGAGUGUUUAAAAAGAUUGUUGCAGGAGAGACUGGCAGUAGAUUGCACCGACAGUAUUGGCAGGACACCACUGCAUCAUGCAGCGAUCAGUGGAUGUUUGUCCUGCACUGAGACACUUUGGGAUUUUAAAGCCAAUCUGGAUGCCCAGGACAGUGACAGGGCCACGCCGCUGAUCCUAGCGGCCCAGAUGAGCAGAGUGGAGCAGUGCGUCUUUCUGUUGGGUCGAGGUGCCAAUGCAAACAUACAAGACAACCAAGGGAGGUCGGCAUUGAUGCUGGCCUGUGAGAGUGACAGCGUCGAGACUGUAGAGGCUCUGCUGAGGGGUGGUGCAAACACAAAACUGGUUGACCAACUUGGGCACAAAGCAGCUGACUAUGCCAUAACUACAGGCAAUCAAUGCAUUGUUCACAUGUUGCAGGAUGGAGUACCCCCAGCUUCUGGGGGCACAGCCGAGGAGCCCAUUCAAAUCCCCUCAAGCGCUUCAUCAGUGCAAGGGGGGACCACCCCCCGCAAACGGAAAGCUCCUCCACCGCCUCGCUCUCCUCUCCAGAUCCAGGACCUCUCAGCAGGAUCUGCCAAGCCUCCAGGUCCAACUCCCCCUGCCAAGUCCCCUGAGCCCCAGAAGUCCCAAUCUCCAUCUCCCCUGCCCCCUGAAACUCAGCAAUCACCUCAGGCAGAAGAUGAGGAGAUAUUUGAGGAGAUCCGACGGCUGCGUCUUGAAAGAGGCCGUCUGCUUCAGAAGAUUAAAACCUUGGAGCAACAGCAGCAGAGCGCCUUAUCUGCUUUGGAGGAGCUGUCCCAACUAAAGCAACAUCUGAAGGUGGCAGAAGCUGAGAGGGACAAGCUGCUGGAGGACCUGAAGGGGGCCCAUGGGAUUGGGACCAGUGACUCAGAAGAUAUGGAUGAAAUGCUGGAUUUCCCUGAGAAGCUGCUCUCAAAGCGCUCCAGAGCAUCCCCUGCCCAGGAUGAUGCCUCUUCACAAACGGACACAGACCCCACUGGCCCUUCUCCUGCUCCUGCAGACCCGGGAUCAGUUGCUGAGUUGCGGAAACAAAUUGAGGAACUAAUUUCACAGAACUCUGAACUUGUUCUUAAAGUGCAGAUGCUGGAGAUGUUUGAGAAGGAUGAUACGGACAUGCAGACCACCAGUCCAGAUUCAGUCCCCAUAACUCAGUACGAGACUUUAAGGAAGGAGUUUGAAGCCCUUCAGGAGCGCUUUUCUGAAGCCCAGGCUUCAAUGGAAGCCUGCAGCAUUUCUGAUGAGCAAAGCAAAGACGGCUCCCAGAAUGGAGGAGAAGAUCCAGAAAGCACAGAAUCUCUAAAAGAAAAUCUGCGCGUGUUAAAGGAGCGGCUGGCCUCCUCCCAGUCUGAGCUGGAGGAGCUUAAAGAGCAGAUGCGUCUUGGGGUGCUUUCUGUGGAGUGGGCUGAAGGAACUAUUAGUGCAGCAGCUGCUGGGGCUACAGAGGAAUGUGCAGGCCAGGAGGAGCAGCAGCUGAGAGCCAGGGUGACGGAGUUGGAGGAGAAGCUUGCGGAGAGGCAGGGUGAGGCUGAGGGUCAGAUCAGUCGGGACAAUGACACAAUCAAACAGCUGACAGAGAAAGUGAAGGAACUCCAGGCUGCUCUGACCCAGAAAGAGUCUGUACUAACCGAAGAAGUAGAAAAUAAAAGAGGAGAGGCAGAGACAGAGACAGUAAAGUCCCUUUGUGAAAAAAUUGCUGAACUGGAGGCAGCCCUGGCAGAGAGCAGGACAUCAGGGAAAGAGGAAGCAGAAGCAAGAGAUGGGGAUCGGGUCCGACGUCUUCAGGAGCAUUUGGCUGAACUGGAGGGAGAUCUGAGGAAAUGCGUCCCCCGCUCAGAGCUGGAGGAGGUGCAGGUGACCCUUGGACUCCAGUGUGAGCAGCUUGCCAGGGAGAGGGCAGAAGUGGCCCGGCGGCUCAAUGAUGCCCUCCUUGAGCUGGAGAGGCUCAGACCUCCUCAACGUGGAGAUGAUGAAGAGGAGGAAGAGGAGGAGCAUUCAGAGAGCUCAGAACCCUCUGUCAUGUCAGAUCGAUCCAGGCUCACUUUGUCAGCAGUGAGGGAGGAACUGGAGGUGGCGAGGCAGGAAGCAGCCCAGGCUCUGGAUUGUCUCUGUGCUGAGCGGGAGGGCCGGGCACAGGAUGCCCUGCAGCUGAAAGAUGCUGUGCCACUUUCAAAACAUAAAGAGGCGCUGUCUGCAGUGUCAGAGCAGCUUGCUCAAACUCUGCAGGAGCUCCAAGAGGAGAAAACACUGCGAGCUCAUGCUGAGGAGCAGGCAGCUAAGCUACAGGCAGAACUGCAGGCCAAACAGGACGCCAUUCCCAAAGAGGAGCAUGAGAAGGUCAAGGAAGAGCUCCAGCGCACCCUGCAGGUCAGUGAAAGCAGUGCAGCAGCAGCACAGGAGGCUCUCUGUGAGAAGGAGACAGAACUCAGAGAGCUGAAGUCCCAGAAGGCUGCAGAACAGGGUCUGAUUUCCAAGGAGGACCACGAGGCCCUGCGACUCUCCCUGCAGGCAGAUAUCAACGCCAUCACAGCACGGUUCAACGACCUCACCAGGAAACAUGAGAAGACGUGCACGGAGGUGUUCCAGGUGCAAAGAGAGGCGCUAUUUCACAAGAGUGAGAGGCAGGCGGCAGAAUCCCAGCUAGUUUCAGUGCAGAAGCAGCUCUCUGAGCUACAAUCCCAGUCCAGUCAUAUCCAGGAGCUCCACAAAGACAUCCAAGAGUCCCAGGGUCUUGUCAAAGAGAAGGAUCGUAAGAUAACAGAGCUUUCCAAGGAAGUUUUCCGGCUCAAAGAGGCUUUGGGAGCUCUCUCACCUCCUCUUGGAAUCCCAUCUUCCUCAUCAUCUUCUUCCACGCAGCAUGGAAAUCCAGGACAGCAGGUGGCACUACAGAACAGGAUUGGCAUACUCACCCACCAGCUGCAGGAUUGGGAGAGAAAGCACAAACAGGUGGUGACAGUGUACCGUUCCCAUUUACUAGCAGCUGUACAGCAGGGUCGGAUGGAUGAAGAGGUGCAACGCCUGCUGCUUCAGAUCCUGCAGAUGUCACAGCCGGGACACUGAAGUCUCUGCAUGUCCCUGCAACUGGCACCACAUAUCCACAGCUCCAUCACUUUAAUCUAUAGGACCAAGAUAACAGAAACCUCAAUUAGAAAGCCAAACACAGUGAAUCUGUGAUCACACAUCUGCAUAUGUAUAUUAUAAAACUUAAACAACAGUUUAAUCCUUGCAUGAUAAGCAAAUGUCAAGGAAUUUGGAUAUAGAGUGCCUUUGUGUUUUUUAUCUGUAAGGGGUUGAUGAUAGAAGAAAUGUAGAUACAGAGUGGGUAUUUUGAUGAUGAUUGUGUAAGACUAUUAAGUCUAAUAGUGUAAGUCUAUUGAUUUUACACAACAUUGUUAUAAUAAAGAGGAAAACAAUUGGU